AUGUUCACCCUCGUUGGCUCGAAGCUUGCUUCAUCUGCCAUCGCUUCCACCACACGCACCAGCCUUCGUCUUUCCAGCACCGGCUACCGACAAGCUCUUCGCGCUUCAACCAAAACUCUCAUCGCAACUCGCGGCCUUCGCUCGCUCGCCGAUCUCGAAAAGAUGACCACUCCUCAGGCUGCUCCUGCAGCUUCCACAGCUGCGCAGUCGAUCGCACCGUCCAUCCGACUCAAGCAGUCCGCCUCGGCAUCACCCCCGCCCUCGAUCAUCCUCACGCUCUCCGGUCCCGAUGGACCGGGCAUUGUCCACCGUAUCUCUGGCUUCCUCGCGCGCCGCAACAUGAACAUCAUGGACUCUGCUCAAUUUGGUGACCCCACUACGGGCACCUUCUUCAUGCGCGUUCACGCCUCUGAGCCUCUCCCUGCCUCUGGUGCCCACCCCAACCCUUCCGACGCCAACUACGCCCAGCAGCGCACCGCCUUCCUCGCCCAGGUCAAGCGCGAAUUCGACGACGAGUUUGCCAAAGAGGCUGAUGUAUCCGUCAAGAUCUUUGGCGCCGAGGAAAAGCCUCGCACGCUCAUCAUGGUGUCCAAGAUCGGUCACUGCUUGAACGACCUGCUUUUCAGGCUGAGCAACAACACGCUCCCUAUCACGGUGCCAUUGAUCAUCUCGAACCACGCCGACUACGAGCCGCUCGCCAAAGCCAACGGCAUCCCCUUCUACCACCUGCCCAUCAACGCCGCCGAGGGCAAGACCAAGCAGUGGCAGGAGGCAGAGAUGGUCAAGCUCGCCAAGGAGUACGACAUCGACAUGAUCGUCCUUGCGCGCUACAUGCAGAUCCUGUCGCCGCAGCUGUGCAGCUUGUUUAGUGGAAGGAUCAUCAACAUUCACCACUCGUUCCUGCCCAGCUUCAAGGGCGCUAAGCCUUAUCACCAGGCGUUUGAGCGCGGUGUCAAGCUCAUCGGUGCUACAGCGCAUUUCGUUACUGCGGAUCUGGACGAGGGGCCCAUCAUCGAACAGGCCGUCGAGAGGGUGGACCAUGCCAUGACACCAGCGGACCUCGUGCAGGCGGGAUCGGAUGUCGAAGCGAGGGUGCUCGCGAGAGCCGUCAAGUGGACUGCAGAGAGGAGGGUGCUCUUGAACGGGGCCAAGACGGUGGUUUUCAACUAG